ACGGGGCAGUUUCAGUGCUGUUGAGGUUAGCGGUGCGAAAUAAAUACCGAAACUCUGCUAUUUAAAUAAAUAAAUAAAUAAACAAACAAAAACUGCUUUAAUAUGAAGUGGGUUCUCGGAUUCGUGCUUUUGGGAUCCCUUCACUUGGCAUCCGGGAAGCUGUCCCUUGUUCUGAAGAGUCCGGAGGCGGGGCCAGUGUUGGAGGGGCAGUCAAUCACUCUGGAGUGUCUCUCUGACAAGGACGAGGACAUGAGUGCCUACACCUUCGAGAAGUACGCCAAGUACAUGGACUCCUGGUUUGCUGUGGACGGUUCGACCCGGUUCCGGUGCUGGUACUAUGAUGUGAAUGUCUCUCGCUCCGCGGGUCGGCUCCAGCUCCAGAUCCCCGAGGUGCAGAGCUGGAACAACGGGCCGUUCCGCUGCGUCCAGAACAACGGGACCGAGCAGGACAGCGUGUCCAACAGCCUGUCUGUCCCCGUGCACUAUCUGCGAGACGUCUCUCUGUUCAAAGACACCAGCUUCUACAGCCGAUACUCCGAGCAGCUGAAAGUCCUGACUGUGGCACCGGGGGGCGCUGUGGAGGUGGAGUGCUCUGCCACUGCCUCGGAGAACCCGAAGUACUCCUGGAGCAGAGAGGGUGAUGAUUGGGUGGAGCUGUCCAACAAGCUGAAGAUCCAGAAGGUGAGAGAGGAGGAUGCUGGGACCUACACCUGCACUGUGCAGCACCCCUCCGUGCCGUCACUCAGCAAGACCCGCACCCUGCAGCUGCUGGUGGUGCCUGAAGCGGAGAGCCGGCUGGUCCUGCCCCAGCUCAACCUGAUUCUGAUGGCUGGGAUCCCGGCUCUGGUUCUGGUCCUGGUCAUCGUGAGCCUGGCAUUGUACCUGUCAAGACGCAGAACCUCCUCCCUCAAGGGGCCCAU